AUGUCUAGUCUCGAAGACCUAUUUGGAAAACUCGCUGUUACUACUGUUACUACUGUGUCAAGGAUUGCACUGAGCCAUGCAACAAAUGCUGCUAUUCGUAAUGUCACUUCAUAUAUCACCACACAAUUACCCAAAAACAAGCCAGACACUAGAGAGAUCCGUACAUUGCAGCGUCAACUCGACUUGAAGAUCAAGAAUUUAAAGCCGACUAUAGACAUCAUUGCUAGAUCAGUCGCUGACGGCAAUACAGACCUGGAACCCGCUUUGGAAAUGUGCAAUGAUCUCAAAUCAGACAUGGACGACUUUGCUGCGAAACCGAUGGACAAUCCAGAUCAAGUCAAAGCACACUUAAAGCAAUUAUUGGCGAAUGUAGACGAUGCAAUUCCAAGCCUGCACCUCUCUUUACGUAGUAUAGAAAACAAGACGGGCACUUCCGCAGUGUCUCCAGCGAAGUUGAUUCAAGCAUCCAACAUCUUGAAGGGAAAAGAUGCCGUCUUUUGCGUCAAACUGUAUUCAUUGUUCUCAGCAAAUCAACGGGCGGCUUCAGCAGAUGCAUUUACAUGGAAAGAAGAGUUCUUCAAGGCUUCAUUGGUUGUCAAAUCGACAGAUGAAUUCAGUUACGAGCUCUUCAUUACAGAAGAUACGGACGAUGGUCGUUAUCAUGAGGAGGGAGAACAACAAACGAAAUGCAUUGAUGUCAGUCAUAUUGAUCGCAUGUAUUAUACACAAAGUGGGGAACUGUUGAACAUUGAGGACUCCAAAUCGCCUGUGCUCGUGAUGAAGGUGAACAAGCGUGACAAAGACGAUGAGAGAAAGGAAUCGAUAGUAGAAGUCAAAGAAACUGCACCAGAGAUUAUCCGAGAGGAGCUGCAAGAAUCGGAUUGGUAUGCGGUUGGAUUAUGGACAGAAGAUGUGGUAGAGAGUGAUAGUGAUGACGAUGAAAAGGAAGACACUGAGAAGAAGAAUGGCAGCAACAGCAGCACCAAAUCACUCCCCUCUGACAAUCAAUUAAACCUGUUGCUGUUGGAGAGCGUCAUUAAGCUAGCAUUGUUGGAAACAACAGAACAAAUGAAUCAUAUUAAUGCCUCUGAUGAGCUAAUAACCUUAUACAUGAAGUGA